GGAGGCACCGUGUCUGGUGACGGUCGUGAGCUGUGACGACCUUGACCACCGUUUGAUGUGAAUUAAUUUGAGUGCUGUGGCCUGUGAUGACGCAUUUCCCGGCAAAAUUCCAGAAUCCGCAGAAAACGUUUGCUGUAAGUAAUCAGUGGGCAGUUACCAGCUGAAUACCUUUAUUCAUGGCGUCUGAGCUGCCUGGCCUCACUGGUGAGACUCGGACACCGCUCGAUGGCGCCGGGGCGGCAGCGGCUGCCGACUGCUACUCCCUGACCGAGGUCGCCACCACCGCACAGCUCCUGGAAGACCUGGGAGGUUACGUCAUCACGCUAUGGGUUGUCGUCGGUCUGGAGGUGUUGUUUCUCUACGGCCUUCUGGCCAAGACGCUGUGGAGCGUGUACCACAAUGAGCGACUGCCCAAGCUGUGGCGGUCUGGAACCGUCUGGGCUAACUCAGUGCCCUCCUUUGUUGCUUUGAUGUGCCUCGGAAGCCUGGUUGUCCCGGCAUCCGACAGGCUUUUACGUGCGAUAAGGCUCAUAUAUCUGAGUGUUUCCUUGUCAAAGUUCGUCGAGCUGUGCCUGCUGUACUUUGGCGGCGAGUCGCGACUGUUGGCUGCCGUGGAGGGCAGCGCCGUUCCCCUGGCUGUUCCCCCGUGCUGCUGCUGCUGCCGUCCCUGCUGUCCGAGACCCACAAUCACAAAACGUAGCAUACGGGUGAUGAAGGUGCUCGUCUACCAGUUGCCUUUCAGUGUCAGCGGAUAUUUCUUCUUCUCACUUUACCUGUACUCAGCAGGAAUGCAAAAUGUUGGAGAGGCAUCUGGCGGUCCAGGACACGUGAUUCUUAUGGCACUGCAUGCCGUGGCGUUUCUCCUUGGCAUGUACGGCCUGAUCAUGCUUGAGACAACCACGAAAGGACAACUGCAGAGCCUUCGCUAUCGGGCAAAGUUCGCGCUAAUGAAAUUCACCGUGGUGAUCAUCAACAUCCAAAAGUUUAUCUUUAGCAUCGUCAUAUCCACCGGUGGCUUUACAUGUACUGCUUCAAUGUCGCCAGAGGUCUACGGCGCGUUUAUCCUCAACAUUGUGAUCGCCGCCGAGAUGCUGCUGUUUGGCGUGCUCAACCACUGGGCCUACCAGGCGGACGGCAGGUCGGUCGACGACCUCACCGCGGCCGACCUGACCCCCUCCGGCAGCCCUGCCGACCGCGCCGGCACUCCAACGUCACAGCAGACAUGGACGUCAACGGCGCAACACGAGAACGUCGGCGCAAAAAACGACCAACGGAUUCAGUGGAGCGUAGGCUGUGCCGCAAUGACUGUUACAUAACAGUUAUUAUGCUUCACCUUUUUCGUCUCGGAUGACAAUGAGGUAAACAAAAUUAAAGCAAAUGCUUCGGCUGUAUUGAUUGACUUUCUGUGCUGGUUUGAAAAGGACAAUACAAGAAAGAGAUGUCUGAGAAA